AGUAUUAACGAACUUUUGGAUAGGACUGGAGGGAAAGAGAUAUGGCGUGUGCGUAUAUGCGCCAUUGGACCGGCAGCCGGUCUCCGACGGUAGCUUCCGCCGCUCUUCCGGUGAAUCCUAGGGUUCUGGUACUCGGCGGGACGGGUAGAGUCGGUGGUUCAACCGCCAUCGCUCUCUCUAAACUCUCCCCUGACCUCCGCAUCACCAUUGCUGGUCGCAACAGGGAAAAAGGUGAUAGUAUGGUUGCAACUCUUGGAAAGAAUGCCGAGUUUGCUGAAUUUGAUAUAAAUGAUGCCAAAUCACUGGAAUCUGCUUUGGCUGACGUUGAUCUUGUGGUACAUGCUGCCGGGCCAUUUCAGCAGACAGAGGAUUGCAGAGUUCUGGAAGCUGCCAUACAGGCUAAGACAGCAUAUCUUGACGUGUGUGAUGAUACACAUUAUGCGUGGCGUGCAAAAUCGUUUAUGAACGAAGCACUGGCUGCAAAAGUUCCAGCUAUAACUACUGGCGGAAUCUAUCCAGGAGUGAGCAACUUGAUGGCAGCAGAACUAGUGCGUGUUGUAAAAAGUGAAAAUAAGGGUGAGCCUGGAAGGCUGAGAUUCUACUACUACACAGCAGGAACUGGUGGUGCCGGCCCGACAAUAUUAGCCACUAGUUUUUUACUUCUCGGGGAGGAGGUUAUUGCAUAUAAUAAAGGAGAAAAAAUCAAGUUGAGGCCAUAUAGCGGAAUGGUCAACAUUGACUUUGGAAGAGGAAUAGGGAAGAAAGAUGUGUAUCUCUUAAAUUUGCCAGAGGUGACUAGUACACAUCAGAUUCUAGAAGUUCCAACUGUCAGUGCUCGCUUUGGAACUGCACCCUUUUUCUGGAACUGGGCGAUGGAUGCAAUGACACGUUUCAUUCCUUCUGAAGUCCUAAGAGACAGAAGCAAAGUACAAGAGAUGGUUCGGUUAUUUGAUCCAGUGGUCCGUGUCAUAGAUGGCUAUGCUGGAGAGCGCGUCUCACUGAGAGUUGAUUUAGAGUGUUCAGGCGGACGUCAUACAAUUGGCAUUUUCACUCAUAAGAGACUCUCUGUAUCAGUUGGUUAUUCAACAGCUGCGUUUGCUCUUGCUGUUCUGGAGGGCAGCACACAAGCAGGCGUAUGGUUUCCAGAAGAGCCUGAAGGGAUUGCCAUUGAAGCUCGGGAACUUCUCCUUGAACGAGCUUCACAAGGAACAAUCAAUUUUGUAAUGCACAAGUCUCCAUGGAUGGUGGAAACAAAUCCAAAGGAGGUUGGACUUGGAAUAUAUGUUUAACAUCUCCACAAAAAUUUUCCAAACUCACAAUAGAUCAUAGUUUAUUAUAGUAGAAAACAUGACGAUUGAAUUUGUGCACAGUUGAGACCUGAUUGUACAAAAAAAAAACAAUAUGCUACUAUAUGAUAUUUAUUAAUUUACACAA